AAUAAAUGACCCGAUUUGAUUGGACAUUCGUUUCGCAGUAUAUUUUAAAAUUUCCGAGGGAAGUCGUUUAUCGACAACAGGAUGAAGGGUAAGAAGGCAGACAAGAAGAAGUCAGGUGAUACAAUGUUGUAUCCACACAACUUGGGAUUUUCAGCUUUGGAUUCAAUAAAUGCUAAAGUCAAUGAUGCUUUGGCUGAAUUUGAUAAAGAAAUGGACUGGUUACAUGAACUGUUGUUUGAAUGUAAGAAGACGUUUGCAAAGCCUGAGAUACAGCUGUUACCAAAAACACCUUCACAGAAGAGAGGGAGAAAAGCAAAAAGACCAACUAAAUUUUCAGAUUCUGAAGAAGUAUUUGAGCCAGCUUCAAAAAGACAAAGUCUAAGACUUGACGAUGGCGAGGAAGCUGACAUGGAAGAGAACAGUAUGAGCUCUCCACCAAACAGGUCCUACAGAACCAGAGCUACGUCAAGGACUGCCACCACCGCCAGACCAAAAAGGAACACACGUACCACAAAAAAUGUGCAGAUAAAAACAGAAACAACUAAAGAACCAGUUAUGUCAUUCACAAAACAAAUAGAAUCACAAAUGGCGGAAAACAAAACACCUGUAAAAGAAAAUUUAAUAGAACCUGAAAAUGCAGAUACUAAUCUGACACCUAUUAACAAAGUGAAGAGUGUAACACUGUCGACAGACAAAGUGUGUGAUAUGGAUUCAGAAACUCCCUGCAAAGAUCUUCAGUUUGAUUAUGUGCAGGAGAUGGAAACCCCUAAAGGUCCUCAGAUAGAUAAUGUGCAGGAGACAGAAACACCUCAAUCCUCAAAUGAUAAAGACAUGAUUGUCCAAGACACACCAGAAAUGAUAACUACUUCUCCAUCGACACCUGCUACAGUUGUUAAGUCAGUACUGGCACUUUCUGAUGACAAUACACCUUAUACACCAAACAAUACACAAACCAUUCAGGAGAGUCCUGAAAAAAUAGUCCAGGACAGUUCAGAGUUGCAGGAUAAAAAGCCAAGAAAUAGUGUUAGGAAAUCACUUAAACAUGGUAAAACUUUGAAUUCUUCGUCAAGACUGUCUUCUAUUAAACGUUUGUCUGUGGCUGCUUUACAUGCCGUUGAGACAGCAGCCAAGAAGUCAAUCCGUCAAGAAUCAGUAUCUUCAGAUGAUUUGUCCCAGUCAAAGGCACAGAGUCCAGAGGAAAAACCUGUCCGUACACGUACAAGACUACGAUUGAAGAAGGGUUCACAGAAUACUGAUAGUGUUUCAUCCGACAAAUCAGCAACCUCAUCACAGGGAUCCGUGGCAGAUCUUGAUAAUACGUCAGAAGAUGACAAACCACAACGAAGUACCAGAACAAAAACAAGGAAACCCAAGACAGAAUCUGAGUCAAAAACCAGAACGAAAACACGCAAUAAACAUCAAUCUAGUCAGGAUCAGUCGUCAGCUGACUUAAGUGAUGACGAAGUCAUGUUGAUCAGUGAUUGUGAUUCACCCAAAUCUAAAGAACAUCAAAGACUAAGUGCUAAUACUAUGGAAGAUGAUUGUGCUUUUACUAAUGACAUUAAACCUGUAAGGGCCAGCACAAGAACAAAGCAAAAGAAAAACUCAAGUAAAAAAGACUCUGAAAAUGAGGAUUCUGGUAUCUGUUCUAAAUCACAGUCUGAGACUAGUAUUCCAAGAACACGGUCAAAGAUGAGACCACCUAAAUCAUCGACAAUGUCUUCGGAUGAACAGAGUGAAAAAGAUGAACGAUUUGUCAAACCAGAUAAUCCACCACCAAGAACAAGAACAAAAACUAAAAAGAGAGUGUUAUCAGAUGAUGAAGCAGACAUGUCUAUAUCAAAGAAAAGUUGCCUAGAUCAAACUGAUAUGUCAGAUAUGUCUGUUGGUUUACCUAUCAGCAAUAGUACCUUUAUGUCAGGGAAACAAGAUGAAACAAAACAGUUUACUGACGAUGAAUGUGCCAGCAGUAGUAGUGACUAUGAUUCUCCAGUAUGCCCUAAAGACAAGGCGAUUAGACCUAAGCCAAAUAUCAAAACCUUCCAGCAUAAUCUGAGCUCGAAAGUAGUUCUUUCUAACAAGCCAGGCAUUGUCAAGUCUUUCAUCAAGAGAAACAGUCCUGUUAGAAAAUUAACACCAAAGCAAGCACAUGAGCAAAGAAAGAGAGAUCUGUUUGAGAAAGAGAGAAAAGAACAGGAAAGAUUACAAAGAAGACAAGUUGAGAUGCAUCAGAAGAUAGAAGAACAAAGAAAGAAAAAUGAUGAAAAGAUGAAGAAAGUUGCAGACGCAAGAGAACAGAAAGCAAAGCGAGACCAAGAAAUAAGAGAAAAAUUAAUGAAGAAAUUAGAAGAAAAGAGACAUCUGACUGAAAAACAAAAAGAAGAAAAGGCAAAGGAGGACCAAGAAAAACAACACUUGAGAGUGAAGAAGUUGUAUGAGGCAGAAGAAAGAAGAAAACGAGAGGAAGAUGAACGGCAGCAGAAAAUACAGCAACAGGAGGAAGAAAAUAGAAUGUUGAAGGAGGUGAUGAUAAGGAAGAAAGAUUUUGAGGAACAUGAAAGACAGAAGAAAGUAGCAGAAGAAAAGAGAAAGUAUGAAGAAAGGGUAGCAGCCAUGGCAGCUUUGGAUAAGGAAAGACAGGAAGAAAGGGAAGCAAGAGAGGAUGAAAAGGCAAAGGAACAACAAAAAAUCAGAGAAGAAAGGGAAAAACAAAUGGCUCUAGAGAAGGCUACAAGAGAAAAGCAAGCAUUGGAACAGAAGAAACAAAAAGACCAGCUAUUGAAAGAAAGAAUGGAAAAGAUCAAGGAACUGGAGAAGAAAAGACUUGCAGAGGAAGAAAAACUACGAGCUGACCUAAAAGAAAGGGAUGAAGCAGUGAAACAGAUUAUCAAUAAUCACAACACAAGCUUGAAAAAUACCAAAGAAGAAAUUCUUAGGGCUGCUUACACGAGUGCUAUAGCUGGUCUGAAUACAACACAGACUUAUACUAGUAGUAAACCUCAUAAUCCAGACUCAUAUGAUAUGACUCCAGCUAAAAGUAAAACCUACAAACCCAGUACUUUUGAAACCUAUGACAUAUCAGGGUUGAAAUCUGAUGAUUCAACCGACGAUGAAGAUGCUCCAAAGAAAAGGAUUCCUCCAUGGGCUUCAGGUCCAAAUCUGAAGGCUGCUUUGAUAAACCAACAUUAUCAUCCUCCAGAUUUAGAGAGCAUGUUUGAUGAAAUAUCACCUCCCGAUCUCAAUGAACUUUUUGUCAAGAAGAAGGCCAGAUUUAACAAACGUACAAGCUCAGCACACUGGGACUCACCCAUUAUGCGACCGGGUUCAGUUGUGUUGAAUUGGUAGAGAAAGAAGAUGUGAUUAUAUUAUAUGUGCAGCUGCAAUAAAGUACUGGUCAAUCUGUAACAAUUUGAAAUUUGUUGGUGAUGCUUAGAUAUGAUUGAGGUUUCGUAUAUUCCGCAAAUAAAAGUGACAUCAAAUUAAUAUAGAUUUGGUAUAAGAUGGAACAUUUUGUCAAAUUUUAUAGAGGUAUACUCUUAAAAGAAGAAGAAAAGUGUAAAUUGAAGAAAAUUCAAAUUCCUACAGAAAAUCAUGUGUUAUUUAGCAUGAUAAAAAUAUAAGUUUAUAAGAAUCAUGGAUGUAUCAUUAGUGAAAAUGAAAGGGUGUUUUAUAAAAGAAAUUUGAAAGAUUUUUUGUAUUGCUUGAGGCAACAAUAGUUUGCAUGGAAUUUGAAGUUCAUAGAUGCUACAUUUGCUUGGUGAUUUUUAUUUCGGAAGUGUGAAGAUUUACCCCUCUUAACAAGAAAUUUAUUGUUUUGGGUGUUUAUAAUCUACUUGCUGUCUACAAAAAAAACAAUCUAGUAAGAUUAGCACUCAUAAAUGUUAAAAUUAUAAUAUUUGCAACAACUUGGUACAUCAAGACAUAUAUUAAAUUAAUCAGAAACAUGAUAAUGUUGAAAGUUUUUUUAUUGAUUAAAUUUUUGUAAAGAAUAAAUUAAGAUAUUUACACCAUGGAUUGUUUGAAUAAUUAUCAACAUUAUCUAUUUUAAUUUUAUCAGUUCAAACUUUUCACAAAUACAUUUCAGUUAUUGUGGAUUCAUUAAAUUUUGUUGGAUACCAACUUUCAUUAAAUUUUGUUGGAUACCAACUUUCAUUAAUUUCCUUGGUACAGAGAAAACACAAAUUAAAAUUCAACAAAUUGCAAAUUUUCUUACAGAAUGUAUUCAAACAAAUUGAAUUUCAAGAAAAUGAAUUUUUGCUCUUUCCACAAAAAUUGGUAUAAACAAUAUAAAUGAAUCCACGGUUUAUUUCCAUGUCAUUUUAUAUGUUUCUCCAGCUAUAAUGUAAAUGUCACCUUGUAAAUGUAGUGCUGGUGUGUGUGUGUUCAAAGGUAGCAUGUUGUUUGCUUGAUUUGAAUAAUGUAUGAGGGAAAAAUGGGUGAAGAAUAUGUGUGAAACAAGAAAUAAUAGUUAAUUUGACUAGAACAUGCAUAAAUGACUGAAGACCAAAUAUGUUUUGUUUGUAGAUGUGUGAAUUGCAUGUCCAAUUUCUUUUUGUUUCUUAUUUAUAAAUAAACUCUGCAGAUUGUUAUAAAAGUAAAUAUUUUGGAAGUUUUUUUUAUUAAGUGUGAAUGAGAUUCAUAUUGAUCAGUUUUAUAGAUGUAGAUGGUAUGUACAAACACAUGGCUAAUCAGUGUUGAAUUACUUGUGCCGAUAUUAUAUGUAUGAAAGUUUAGUAGGGACUUCAUGAAAUAGUAAAACGAUAUCUUUAUAUAUCAAAAUGUAAGGUUUUUUUUUUUUUCUAGUUUCAUUGUGCAAUUAAAUUGUAUGUAUAAAACACAACAGCCUUUUAAGAAACUUGAAGGAUGGAGGACUGCAAUUAAAGUUUUCAUUCUACCACCAGAAAUAAAUAAAAGUAUUCAAGAGCUGUUCCAUGAAAACAAACAUGGGACCCAGGGAAGGCAUUUUGAAAUCUUAGCUAAGGGUUAUUGGCAAUUCCAAAGUACAGUGAAAAUGUAAAUUAGCCUCUAAAAAUGGUUACCCCACUUUGAAAGUGCCUUCCAUGUACACUAUGCUGGUAUAUGUCAAUCUGACUUAAGUAAACCAUUUUAAAUAUUCAUGAUAAAUCAAAAAGAGACAAAGUUGAUCUGUUUUUAGAUUUUAAUUUUUUUUUGCAUAUAGAGCCUUGAUUGGACAAUGAAAUGUACUGUGAUAUAACUAACCCUGUAAAAGUGUUUAUUUCUUUAUUUUUUAUUCUUUCUUUCAGUCAUUUGUUAGGAUAAAGUCUUUACCAUUUAUCUUCAAUUAUACUUUUUCUUUUCUAUUUUUUUUGUUUCAUUCUAUUGAUAUAAUUUAUCUCACCGAAUGAUUGAACUGUAUAUUUAUUAUUUAUAAACUAUGUAAGAUAUUAAUUGUGUAUGAUAAUAACACUAUCUUAAUUGCUUUGAUAUUCUAUCUCAAAAAUAAAUAAUUGAAAAUGAA